CAGUAAAGAUUUCAGAUUUCAUCAUGUGUAGUGUACAAGAAGGUGAAGAAAUAUCCCCUGUUCGGAGAGAAAAAAUUGUUGAGGAAAGAAAAUGCAUGAAGUGUGAGAAGAAGGCAGUUUUAGUCACACGAGUCAAUGAUGCUUUCUGUAGGGAGUGUUUUAUGGUGUAUGUGACCCAUAAAUUCCGGGCAGCCAUUGGGAAAUCUAAACUGAUCCGAGAUGGGGAGACGGUGCUUGUGGGGGUGUCUGGGGGUCAGGCUUCCAGCUGUCUGCUACACCUGAUUCAGGAAGGUCUUGGUGGGCGUGCACACAAAAAGUUACGAUUCAAGCCAGGAUUGGUGUUCAUUGAUGAAGGUGUCACGGUCGGGAUGUCAGCAGAAGAAAGACUGACCACGUGCUCACAGGUUUUGGAAAUCAUGGAAAAAACGGGAUUCCCCUGUUAUGUUAGGGCUCUGGAACAAGCCAUGGAGCUGGACAAGGAGAGCAUUCAAAACUCCUCACAGCACUCUGUCCCUGUGUCAACAGAGCCAGACUCAGUCUCUGAGGUUUCCAGCAACUCUAGUGGAAAUCUCACCAAAUAUGACGAGGCAGAGGAGAAGCUUAAAGUCCUGUUAAACUCACUAAAGUCUGUCAGUGCUAAAGAGGACCUCAUCAAGAGUCUCAGACAGAAUAUUUUGAUCGACCUUGCUCGUAAAGAGGGGUACACCAAGGUGAUGCUGGGAGACUGCAGCACCAGAUUGGCGGUUCGUCUGCUGACCGACAUAGCACAGGGCAGAGGGGCACAUGUUGCCAUGGAUACAGCAUUUGCAGAUACCAGAUGUCAUGAAAUCACUCUAGUGAGACCAAUCAGGGACUUCAGCAGCAAAGAAGUCACACUGUAUAACAUCCUGAACAAUGUGCCUAGUGUUUUCAUCCCAACUAUUACAACCAAAGCGCCAGAUAGUGUAAGCAUAGAACACUUAACAGAGAAGUUUGUGACAGGUCUUCAGGCAGAGUAUCCCUCCACAACCAGUAAUAUUAUGAGGACUGGUGAAAAAUUACACACAGAAAAGAAGAAGGACAACGAGAAUCAGUGCACCAUCUGUCAGGCACCGCUGGACACAGAUGUGCCCCUGUCCUCAGCACUCGGUGCGGUCCAGUUUUCAGAGACAGUGUCUCGUUGUAGUAGUGUCUCGCUGUCCAUUUGUAAUAGUGAAACCGAGUGCUGUGGGCGUGGUGAUGAAAGCUGUCAGUCAAAUUUAAUCAUUGAUAAUACUGAAUGUGGGCGUGGUGAUGAAAGCUGUCAGUCAAAUGUCCCAAAGUUAUCGAGAGAUGACGUGAUAAUGACCCUAUGUUAUGCCUGUAGGCUGUUGAUUAAAGAUCUGGAUGAUGUCAACAGAUUACCCAAUCACAUACUAGAGGAUAUCACUAAGAGACACAGAAGGAUAAAGAUGAAGUCAGAAAUAAAGGACUUUCUCCUGGACUCAGCAGAUUCUAAACUGGAAUAACAAAUCAUGUGUCAUGUUCCACUGUUACUCAGAACCAUGGUUCAAUGAAUAAUGCUACGAGACUAAAUGAUAUCGAUGGAAGAUUUGUGGGCAUAUUGUUCUUGGUCUGUUUGUAACUUAAACCUUGGGCAUGAUUUUUAUGCCCCUGUAAACAGAUCUGGGGGCAUAUAGUUUAUGGACUGUCAAUCUGUCUGUUAGUGUGGUUGUCCAUAAAAACUUUUAACGUUGGCCAUAACUUUUGAAUGGAUGGUGAUAGGGCUUUCAUAUUUCACAUGUGUAUUCCUUGUGACAAGACCUUUAUUUUAGUGCCAAACGUUUCGACCUUGUGAUCUUGGCCUCGGAGUUUGACCUACUUUUGAAAAACUUGAACGUUGGCCAUAACUUUUGAAUGGUUGAUGCUUUUACAUUUCACAUGUAUAUUUUUUUUGACAAGACCUUUCUUCGGGUAGCAAAGGUUUUGACCUCAUGACCUUGACCUACUUUUGAAAAACUUUAACCUAGUCCAUAACUUUUGAAGGGUUAGUGAUUGGGCUUUCAUAUUUCACCUGUGUAUUUCUUGUGACAAGACCUUCCUUUGGAUACCAGAAUUGCUUUGCUGCCAUACGUGGGCAUCAGUAUUUUACAAACACAUCUUGCUGAACUAUGCAAAAUGUAGACUUCAUACAAGGUGAAAUGAAAGGUCAAGACUAUGUAAAUGUUAAAGGUCAGUAUCAUUUAUCAGGGCCAAUUUAGCCAGAUUAGAACUUGCAUGACCACUCUUGGGGCAUAGUACUCACAAACACAUCUUGAUAUUUUAAGACUUUAAUGUAAAUUAAGUUUAAAAGCAUGUUGCUACAAUGUUAACAAAUUAUUAAAAUGUUUAAAGCAUAUCAAUUUUUCCCAUUCUUGUACUUAUUUGUGAGAUAGAUUUAUUUCCCUUUACACUUCAGCUUAUGGCUUACGAUAUGUUGAUCUAAUGGAUAUAAUUUCCAUGGAAACCUGUUCUCUGUCAACAAAUUACAAAUCAUAACUUAUUUGUAAUAACCAAUGCAGGCCCACAGUCACCCAGCUGUCUGGUUAUUAGGAACUUGUAACACUUCGGCUCUAACACCCUCUUCCAUCACGUGAAACCAUGAACAGAAUAUAAUGUCUUUAGAGGUACAAGUGUAGGAUAUAUUACUAAAUUGUGUUUCAUAUGUAACGCACACCGCACUUCUGUGAUGUUUAUUGCUGAGCAUGCUUAAUACUUUUCAACAUGCUAAAAAUAGAUCCAGUAUGAAGAAACAGACAUCGCACUUCACAACAGACAUCGCGCUUCACAACAGACAUCGCACUUCACAACAGACAUCGUGCUUCACAACAGACAUCACACUUCGCAACAGAUAUCGCGCUUCACAUAAGUUUGUUCAACUAGAAUUUGAAUUACAUACAACACCUCCACUAGAGCAGUUUCAAAUUCAUGGGUAGAUUGAGUAAACACCUCCCUUCUCCUUGCACUCGGCAUUAGAAGAGGUGGUGUUAAAGGUCAUAUGAAAUGAUUUUUAACAGUGGUAUUUUACUUUAUAAACAUAAAGAUUGGUAUGAAUGAAAAUCAAAUCGUGGAAAAUAAAAAAAUUAUUGUCUUUGUAUUGAUAAGAAAUAAAGCUGUAAACUUGUACAUAGAAUGAA